AUGCAGAUGUUGAAGGCCUUCCUUCCUGGAACGCAGGAGGCAGAAUUGUCUUCCUCGCAGACCAGGGAAAUCGAUGAAAAAAUGGAAAUGGAUGACCCAGAGAAGGCAAUGGCUACGGUUGCUCAGCUCAUAGAGCAACUUCAUGCGAAAACAUCUUCUCCGCAAGACAAGGAACUCACAACAGCUCGUCUACUAGGUAUUGCAAAAGCGAGAAGAGAGGCAAGAAGGCUGAUCGGUUCGUAUGCCCAAGCAAUGCCCUUAUUUAUCUCCAUGCUUAGAAAUGGGACGAGUUUGGCCAAAGUAAAUGUUGCUUUAAUCCUCUGUGUUUUGUGCAAAGACAAAGACUUGCGACUAAAAGUGCUUCUAGGAGGAUGCAUCCCGCCAUUACUCUCAGUUUUGAAGUCUGGAACCAUUGAAACUAGGAAAGCAGCAGCAGAAGCUAUUUAUGAGGUUUCUUCUGCUGGAAUUUCCAAUGAUCACAUUGGCAUGAAAAUAUUUAUCACAGAAGGUGUAGUGCCAACUUUGUGGGAUCAACUUAGUCAGAAAGGAAAGCAGGAUAAAGUGGUUGAAGGGUAUGUUACUGGAGCUUUGAGGAAUCUUUGUGGCGUUGAUGAUGGUUAUUGGAGAGAGACACUAGAGGGUAGCGGUGUAGACACAGUUGUGUCCCUUUUGUCAUCUGAUAAUCCUAAUUCUCAAGCAAAUGCUGCCUCUNUGNUGGCUCGUCUAGUACNGUCCUUUGCUGAUAGCAUCCAGAAAAUAUUAAAUUCUGGAGUUGUCAAGUCUCUGAUUCAGCUUUUGGAACAGAAAAAUGGUACAAAUGUUCGUGCUAGUGCAGCAGAUGCUUUGGAAGCUCUUUCAUCAAGAUCCGAUGAGGCUAAGAAAUGUGUUAAAGAUGCAGGAGGUGUUAAUGCUCUCAUUGGNGCCAUUGUUGCCCCAUCGAAAGAGUGUAUGCAGGGAAAACAUGGACAGUCUCUACAAGAACAUGCAACUGGAGCUUUGGCAANUGUGUUUGGUGGGAUGCACCAUUUAAUUAUAUAUCUUGGAGAAGUAUCGCAAUCUCCUCGUCUAACGGAACCAAUUGGUGAUGUACUUGGAGCUCUUGCCUAUGCUCUAAUGAUUUUCAAACAACNNGAGAGUUCUGAGAAGAUAUNUGAUNCAACAGUGAUAGAGAGCAUUUUGGUNAAGUUACUNAAGCCUCGUGACACAAAGUUAAUCCANGAGCGGAUCUUGGAGGCUAUGGCGAGCUUGUACGGAAACAGUAGUNUAUCGUGUUCNCUAGAUNAUGCAGAAGCUAAGAGNGUCCUUAUUGCUCUCAUAACUAUGGCUUCNACUGAUNUACGAGAGCAUCUUAUAAUUUGNUUGUCUCGGUUANGCGAUGACNAGGUUGGAAUUUGGGAGGCAGUUGGAAAGAGAGAAGGAAUCCAACUAUUUAUAUCAUUCCUAGGUUUGUCUAGUGAGCAACACCAAGAGUAUGCUGUUGAAAUGUUGGAAAUUUUGACAGCCCAGGUCGAUGAUAGUAAAUGGGCUGUAACCGCAGCCGGGGGGAUUCCUCCACUUGUCCAGUUGCUUGAGACUGGAUCUCAGAAGGCCAAGGGAGAUGCUGCCCUCAUCCUCUGGAAUUUGAGCUGUCACAGUGAGGAAAUCCGCGAUUGUGUUGAAAUGAGCUGGUGGUAUUCCAGCAUUCCUGUGGCUACUGAAGACCAGUGGAACCAGUUCUCAGGAAAUAUUUGCAAAGACACUUUAUUGGGUCAUGUGCUCUCAAAAGCUUCACAAGAGGAUCUUAUUCAUAGAGGAUGUGCCGCUAACAAAGGACUGAGGUCCCUUGUCCAGUCCCUUACCUCUUCCAAGGAAGAAACAAAGGAGCAUACNGCUUCAGUUUUAGCUGAUCUAUUCAGCUCAAGACAAGAUNUNUGCGAUCAUCUUGCGACUGAUGACAUUAUUAACCCCUGGAUCAAGCUCCUCACAAACAACACUCAGAAUGUGGCGAAACAGGUGGCUAGGGCUUUGGACGCACUGUCCCGNCCGGUUAAGAAGAAUUCUAAUAAGAAGAAGUCUUACAUUGCAGAAGGAGAUAUUAAGUCACUCAUAAAAUUGGCUAAGGACUCUUCAAUUGAGUCUGCAGAAAUUGCAGUUUCUGCCCUGGCAAAUCUUCUGUCUGAUCNGGACAUCGCUGCAGAAGCACUAGCUGAAGAUGUUGUUUCUGCUUUCACAAGAAUUUUGGCUGAUGGAUCUCCAACGGGUAAGAGAAAUGCAUCACGGGCACUACAUCAGUUACUUAAGAACUUUCCAGUUUGUGAUGUGCUAAAGGGAAGUGCUCAGUGCCGUUUUGCGAUACUUUCACUCGUUGAUUCUCUAAAAUCAAUGGAUAUGGAUAGCACAGAUGCUUUCAACGUAUUGGAAGUAGUUGCACUCUUGGCAAGGACUAAGAAUGGGGUGAAUUUCUCUUACCCUCCAUGGAUUGCCCUUGCCGAAGUGCCAUCAAGCCUAGAGACCCUUGUGCAAUGCCUUGCUGAAGGCCAUACUCUUGUGCAAGAUAAGGCAAUAGAAAUUUUGUCCAGGCUUUGCUCUGAUCAACAAUUUCUACUCGGUGAACUUAUAAUUUCAAGACCAAAGUCAAUGGGGUUUUUGGCUGAUAGAAUAGUAAAUGCAUCCAGCUUAGAAGUGAGAGUUGGGGCGACAGCGUUGCUCUUAUGUGCUGCAAAAGAAAAGAAGCAGCUGAUCACGGAGGCACUUGACCUGUCUGGUUUUUUAAAACUCUUGUUACAUGCCCUAGUAGAUAUGAUAAAGCACAAUUCUAAAGGCUUUUCCCUAGAAACUGAUUUCCAGACACCUAAAGCUUUUAUGGAAAAAAAUGUUUUCCAGGAUACAGGUGAUUUUUAUUUUCCGGAUCCAGCUAAAAUCUUGGGUGGUACAGUCGCAUUGUGGCUGCUAUGCAUUCUCACUUCUGUUGAUGCUAAGUCAAAGCUCAUUGUCAUGGAAGCUGGCGGACUUGAGGUGCUCCAUGGGAGGCUUGCUAGGUAUACUUCCAGUCCUCAGGCUGAGUUUGAGGAUACAGAAGGCAUUUGGAUUAGCGCUCUCCUCUUGGCUAUCAUGUUCCAGGAUGAUAAUGCGUCCUUGUCUUCAACGACAAUGCGGAUCAUUCCAACACUUGCACUUUUGCUAAGAUCUGAUGAACUGAUAGAUCGGUAUUUCNNUGCCCACGCAAUGGCUAGUCUUGUUUGUACUAGGGACAGNGGAAUAAAUCUGACAAUCGCAAACUCAGGAGCUGUUUCUGGGAUAANAAACCUCCUUGGCUAUGUGGAGUCAGAGAUUUUGAACUUGGUUGCUUUGGCAAAUGAAUUUUCUNUGGUGAAAGAGCCUGACCAAGUNAUUCUUNAACACCUUUUUGAAAUUGAAGAUGUAAGGCUUGGUUCCACUGCACGCAAAUCUAUCNCGCUGCUUGUAGAUCUCUUAAGGCCAAUUCCAGAUAGGCCUGGAGCCCCUCAAUUUGCCGUCCAAAUCCUGAUUCGCAUCGCUGAUAGAAGUGACACAAAUAAAUUANUAAUGGGUGANGCUGGAGCUGUGGAAGCUUUGACAAAGUACCUUUCUCUAAGUCCUCAAGAUUCAACUGAGUACACCAUAUCUGAAUUGCUUAGGGUAUUAUUUAGCAACCACGANCUUAGACAAAACGNNGUGNCACUAAGUUCCUUGAAUCAGCUUAUNGCAGUACUUCGUUUGGGUUCNAGAAGUGCAAGAUACAGUGCCGCUNGGGCCCUGAAUGAACUCUUUGAUGCUGAAANCAUCAGAAAUUCUGAAAUNGCCNGCCAGGCUGUUCAACCACUGAUGGACAUGCUUNNUACUGUAUCAGAGAGUGAGCAAGAGAUCGCUCUUUCUGCAUUGAAUAAACUAAGCUCAGGAAAUACUUCNAAUACAGCUCUUCUGAUUGAUGUGGAAGGAAGUCUANNGGAAAACGUGAACAAAAUCUUAUCAUCUGCUUCUGCUUCAGAGGAGUUAAAGAUAAAUGCUGCCAGACUUUGUUCUAUUGUUUUCUCGAAUAAAAAUGUCAGAACAAGUNCAUCUGCCUCCGGAUGCAUGAAGCCUCUAAUAACNCUNAUGCAGUCUGAAACAAGUGCAGCAGUUGANGCAGCAGUUUGUGCUAUUAAGAUAUUAUUGGAUGACGAGCAACAGUUAGAACUCGCNGCAGCUCAUGACAUUCAGGAGCUUCUCGUUGGCUUAGUUUCUGGAACAAAUUACAGGAUUAUUGAAGCUAGCUUANCAGCUCUCAUUAAGUUGGGGAAAGACAGAGUACCACGCAAGUUGGAGAUGGUGGAAGCUGGAAUAAUUGAUCGAUGUCUUCAGCUACUACCUGGAGCCUCAAGUUCGUUAUGUUCAUCUGUUGCAGAGCUGUUUCGAAUUUUAACAAACAGUGGAGUAAUCGCAAGAAGACCAGAUGUUACAAAAACUGUAGAGCCUCUUUUCAUGGUCUUGCUCCGAUCAGACUUGACCUUAUGGGGGCAACAUAGUGCCCUGCAAGCACUUGUAAACAUUUUGGAAAAACAGCAAAGCCUUGAAGCUUUUACUUUUACACCCAGCGAAGCCAUCGUGCCUUUGAUUUCAUUUUUGGAGUCUUCAUCUCAAGCUAUCCAGCAGCUUGGAGCAGAACUUCUGAGCCAUUUUCUUACAAUGGAAGAUUUCCAGCAAGACAUCACAACACAGAGUGCCAUUGUUCCUUUGGUUCGGCUUGCUGGAAUUGGAAUACUGAGCCUGCAGGAAACUGCGAUUAAGGCACUGGAGAAGAUCUCUGCUAGCUGGCCUAAGGCUGUUCUUGAUGCUGGAGGUAUUUUCGAGCUAUCCAAGGUUAUUCUUCAGGAAGAUCCUCAGCCUCCUCUUGAUCUGUGGGAGUCAGCUGCUUUUGUUCUCUCCAAUGUUCUCCAGUAUGAUGCGGAAUGCUUUUUCAGAGUUGAGCUUCCAGUUUUAGUAAAAUUGUUGUUCUCGACAAUUGAAAGCACAGUGAUGCUGGCUCUUAAAGCAUUGAUGAUUCACGAGAAGAACGAUGCUACAAGCACAGUACAAAUGGCUGAGCUUGGCGCAAUCGAUGCAUUACUGGACCUCCUUAGAUCUCAUCAAUGCGAGGAAGAAUCGGGAAGCUUACUUGAAGUAAUAUUUAACAAUCCGAGGGUAAGAGAGUUAAAGCUAUGCAAAUAUGCAAUAGCACCACUAUCUCAAUAUCUGUUGGACCCUCAGACAAGAUCAGACCCUGGUAGACUUCUUGCUGCUCUGGCCCUUGGAGAUCUUUCUCAGCAUGAAGGGCUUUCUAGAUCCAGUGGUUCUGUUUCCGCAUGUCGGGCACUCAUUAGCUUGUUAGAAGAACAACCAACAGAAGAAAUGAAAGUCGUGGCCAUAUGUGCGUUGCAGAAUUUUGUGAUGAAUAGUAGAACGAAUAGGCGAGCUGUUGCAGAGGCUGGUGGCGUAUUGUUAAUUCAAGAGCUACUGCUUUCUUGCAAUGCAGAAGUUUCUGGGCAGGCUGCAUUGAUGGUCAAAUUUUUGUUCUCCAACCACACACUCCAAGANUAUGUCUCGAAUGAGCUUAUAAGAUCAUUAACUGCUGCACUUGAGAGAGGCCUGUGGUCUACAGCAACUAUAAAUAUCGAAGUUUUGAGGACCUUAAAUGUGAUAUUCUCCAACUUUCCUAAGCUCCGCGCCUCAGAAGCUGCUACUUUCUGCAUCCCUCAUUUGGUAGGGGCGCUCAAAUCCGGUGUUGAAGAUGUCCAGGGAUUAGUAUUGGAUAUCCUCUACUUGCUAAGACAGUCGUGGACAAAUAUGGCUAUAGAUGUUGCAAAGUCUCAAGCCAUGAUCGCAGCUGAAGGAAUUCCUGUCCUGCAAAUGCUGAUGAAAACAUGCCCUCCUAGGUUCCACGACAAGGCAGACAGCUUAUUGCACUGCUUACCAGGUUGCUUAACUGUCAACGUCAUGCGUGCCAAUAACUUAAAACAGUCCAUGGGAACCACAAACGCCUUUUGCCAACUAACAAUAGGAAACUGUCCUCCACGGCAAACUAAGGUCGUGAGCAAUAGCUCUUCUCCCGAGUGGAAAGAAGGCUUUACUUGGGCAUUUGAUGUUCCCCCCAAAGGACAAAAGCUUCACAUCAUAUGCAAGAGCAAAAGCACAUUCGGGAAGACAACUCUAGGCCGUGUCACUAUCCAGAUCGACAAAGUCGUGACAGAAGGAGUGUACAACGGAUCUCUAAGCUUGAAUCAUGAAAACAGCAAAGAUGCUUCUUCCAGAUCACUGGAUAUUGAGAUUGCAUGGUCCAACAGGACAACGGAUGAUACUCUUUGA